CAGCAGCAGCAGGAGGGUCCUACAGGCAGACAGGCUGGCAUGGUGCCCUUCGUUAUGCCCGUAUCAGUGCCAGUGCGUCAGGGUCAGACAGCCCCUCCGGGCACCUGGCUUUACGGGCGCCCCCCGGGCCAGCACCCCCUGCUCCUGCCCCAGCCCGAGCACAAGCCCUCUGUCAUCGUGGCCCGGCGCCGCUCCCUGAGGAACUCUCUGUCGGAAAGCUUCAGCCAGGUAGGUCCUGUUGCCGACCUGGGUUGUGUUCAUUAGGGCACAGCGUAGUAAAAAUGUUUUGCACCAUUUGAGUGUUUCAGUCCGUGUUCUUCCGUUUGGUGCCUAAUGAACACAAUCUAGGGUUCACAUAGUAUUUGUUUUCUUUCAAAUAAGUUGAGUGUUUGAUUUUACCUGCCUGAAGUACCAGAUGGCUGGGGUUUGCACUUUUGGGACUAUUCCCUUGUUUUCAUUGUGCCAGCCAGGCAAGCUCAAUGAAUUGCAGCUAAAGUAUUUGAAAGAAAACAAAUGCCAUCCUCACAAUCAUCUCAACCAAACAGGACGAGGAGAGCAACACGGGGCAGGACGACGAUGGGAAAUUGGCCAAGCACAAACGGCGUCCUCGUCCCGAGCCCCUCUUCAUCCCUCCGCCCAAACUGGCCACGUUCAUCGUUCCCUCUGUCUACUCUGCCAUCACUCCCUACCAGAGCCACCUGCGCUCACCCAUCCGCUUGCCUGACCACCCCUUCACCAUGCCGCCCUACACCCCGCCGCCCAUCCUGUCACCGGUGCGCGAGGGCUCAGGGCUCUACUUCGCCACCUUCCUGUCCUCCAUCACCACCAGCAACCAGACCCUGCAACCGCCGCCCAUUACACCCAAGUCGGUCUCGCGCAGCCUGUUGCGUUCCAGUAAGUAUUGUCAUGGAGGCUCGAGGAGUGUCUCUGUAUCCCUAUCUCGCUCUCUCUCUCUCUGCUUUUCACUCAAUCACUUGUCUGCCUAGUCUUGCAGUCCUGUCUCUCUCUCUCUUUCUUUUUACUCGCCACCUUAUUUCUUUGUAUGUCUGUCUAGACUUUGCAGCCAGCCCUGUCAUUUCUGUUCGUGUUUCUUCUCGUGUUUCUGUCGUUCUUGCAUUUUUGUAUCUGUCCCUUUCUUUUCCUAUGCACUGCAUGCGUCCUUGACACAAUGUAUCUUUCUGUCAAUAGUCCACAGAGUAGUUAACCCAAGUCCAAGACUAGAAAAGCACUUUCAAUGGAGAAAUCUCUCUUAAUAAAGUUUAGGGUGUGUCACAAAUGGUACCCUAUUCCCAGUAUAGUACACUACUUUUGACCAUUCCUAUGGACCCUGGCCAAAAGUAUUGCACUACAUAGGGAAUAGGGUGCCAUUUGGGACACACACCCACAGUCCUCCAGGGGUGAAAUAGUCCCAUGUCUGCCUGCAUUCUGAGAUAAGCUCAAGCUACACAGGCUCUCUGUCUCAGUCCAGAUAGAAGUGCCCUAAAGGCCCUGUCUUCCUUGUGUGUUCUACAGCCAGCUCUACAGAUAUCACGCCCCCGGUCCUCCCUUUGAUCAACGACGCCACACCUGUCAGCUUUGACCCGUGAGUACAAACCUCUGUGACACUUUACUCAAAUCCUGCAGGUAUUAUGCAUUAUGAUGCACUUAUAAUGCAUUGAAAGACUUGUCCUAAGCAUGUAUACAAUAAUGGCGCCUGAGGGGAUGGCUAACAUUUUACGGACUCCUGUGUGUUUUUUCGCAUUGUUUGUAACUUAUUUUGUACAUAAUGUUGCUGCUACCGUCUCUUAUGACCGAAAAGAGCUUCUGGAUAUCAGAACAGCGAUUACUCACCUCGAACUGGACGAAGAGUUUUUCUUUAAUUAGUCCGACGCGAAGGAUAUAUUGCUUCUCCGAGACCAGGCCCAAAUCCCUGUCAUUUGUGUGAAGAAAAGACAGAAAUACAGGGGGCGGAGAUCGGGGUGCCUUGUGAGAAUUGUGGGUAACCUGCCUCUACCAUCCGUUCUAUUGGCCAACGUGCAAUCACUGGAGAAUAAACUGGAUGAUCUCAGUUCGAGACUAUCCUACCACGGGACAUUAAAAACUGUAACCGAGUCGUGGCUGAACGACAACAUGGAUAAUAUAGAGUUGGCUGGGUUUUCCAUGCAUCAGCAGGACAGAACCGCUACGUCUGGUAAGAAGAAGGGUGGGGGGAGUGUGUCUGUUUGUCAAUAACAGCUGGUGCGUGAUGGCUAAUAUUAAGGAAGUCUCGAGGUAUUGCUCGCCUGAGGUAGAGUACCUCAUGAGCUUUCAUCUAUAUUUUUCGUAGCCGUCUAUUUACCACCACAAACCGAUGCUGGCACUAAGACCGCACUCAACGAGCUGUAUAAGGCCAUAAGCAAACAAGAAAAUGCUCAUACAGAAGAGGUGCUCCUAGUGGCCGGGGACUUUAAUGCAGGCAAACUUAAAUCCAUUUACCUAAUUUCUACCAUGUGCAACCAGAGGGGAAAGAAAACUCUAGACCACCUUUACUCCACACAGAGACGCAUACAAAGCUCUCCCUCGCCCUCCAUUUGGCAAAUCUGACCAUAAUUCUAUCCUCCUGAUUCCUGCUUACAAGCAAAAACUAAAGCAGGAAGUACCAGUGACUCGCUCAAUACAGAAGUGGUAAGAUGAUGCGGAUGCUACGCUACAGGACUGUUUUCCUAGCACAGAAUACCACCUCAGUCACCAGCUUCAUCAAUAAGUGCAUCGACGACGUCGUCCCCACAGUGACCAUACAUACAUAUCCCAACCAGAAGCAAUGAAUUACAGGCAUCAUCCGCACCAAGCUAAAGGCUAGAGCUGCCGCUUUCAAGCGGCCAUGAAGUCGGUAGCCAUGAAGUGCUUUGAAAGGCUGGUCAUGGAUCACAUCAACACCAUCAUGCCGGAAACCCUAGACCCACUCCAAUUUGCAUACCGCCCCAACAGAUCCACAGAUUAUGCAAUCUCAAUCACACUCCACACUGCCCUUUCCCACCUGGAUGAACGGAACACCUACAGUGAGGGAAAAAAGUAUUUGAUCCCCUGCUGAUUUUGUACGUUUGCCCACUGACAAAGAAAUGAUCAGUCUAUAAUUUUAAUGGUAGGUUUAUUUGAACAGUGAGAGACAGAAUAACAACAAAAAAAUCCAGAAAAACGCAUGUCAAAAAUGUUAUAAAUUGAUUUGCAUUUUAAUGAGGGAAAUAAGUAUUUGACCCCCUCUCAAUCAGAAAGAUUUCUGUCUCCCAGGUGUCUUUUUAUGCAGGUAACAAGAUGAGAUUAGGCGCACACUCUUAAAGGGAGUGCUCCUAAUCUCAGUUUGUUACCUGUAUAAAAGACACCUGUCCACAGAAGCAAUCAAUCAAUCAGAUUCCAAACUCUCCACCAUGGCCAAGACCAAAGAGCUCUCCAAGGAUGUCAGGGACAAGAUUGUAGACCUACACAAGGCUGGAAUGGGCUACAAGACCAUCGCCAAGCAGCUUGGUGAGAAGGUGACAACAGUUGGUGUGAUUAUUCGCAAAUGGAAGAAACACAAAAGACCUGUCAAUCUCCCUCGGCCUGGGGCUCCAUGCAAGAUCUCCCCUCAAUGAUCAUGAGAAUGGUGAGGAAUCAGCCCAGAACUACACAGGAGGAUCUUGUCAAUGAUCUCAAGGCAGCUGGGACCAUAGUUACCAAGAAAACAAUUGGUAACACACUACACCGUGAAGGACUGAAAUCCUGCAGCGCCCGCAAGGUCCCCCAGCUCAAGAAAGCACAUAUACAGGGCCAUCUGAAGUUUGCCAAUGAACAUCUGAAUGAUUCAGAGGAGAACUGGGUGAAAGUGUUGUGGUCAGAUGAGACCAAAAUCGAGCUCUUUUGGCAUCAACUCAACUCGCCAUGUUUGGAGGAGGAGGAAUGCUGCCUAUGACCCCAAUAACACCAUCCCCAUCGUCAAACAUGGACGAUGGACGGGGCCAUGUACCGUCAAAUCUUGGGUGAGAACCUCCUUCCCUCAGCCAGGGCAUUGAAAAUGGGUUGUGGAUGGGUAUUCCAGCAUGACAAUGACCCAAAACACACGGCCAAGGCAACAAAGGAGUGGCUCAAGAAGAAGCACAUUAAGGUCCUGGAGUGGCCUAGCCAGUCUCCAGACCUUAAUCCCAUAGAAAAUCUGUGGAGGGAGCUGGUUCGAGUUGCCAAACGUCAGGCUCGAAACCUUAAUGACUUGGAGAAGAUCUGCAAAGAGGAGUGGAACAAAAUCCCUCCUGGUGGCCAACUACAAGAAACGUCUGACCUCUGUGAUUGCCAACAAGGGUUUUGCCACCAAGUACUAAGUCAUGUUUUGCAGAGGGGUCAAAUACUUAUUUCCCUCAUUAAAAUGCAAAUCAAUUUAUAACAUUUUUGACAUGCGUUUUUCUGGAUUUUGUUGUUGUUAUUCUGUCUCUCACUGUUCAAAUAAACCUACCAUUAAAAUUAUAGACUGAUCAUGUCUUUGUCAGUGGGCAAACUUACAAAAUCAGCAGGGGAUCAAAUACUUUUUUCCCUCACUGUAUGUGAGAAUGCAGUUCAUUAACUGCAUCUCAGCGUUCAACACCAUAGUGCCCUCAAAGCUCAUCACUAAGGUAAGGACCCUGGGACUAAACACCUCCCUCUGCAACUGGAUCCUGGACUUCCUGACGGGCCGGCCUCAGGUGGUAAGGGUAGGCAACAGCACAUCCGCCACACUGAUCCUCAACACGGGGGCCCCUCAAGGGUGCAUGCUUAGUCCCCUCCUGUACUCCCUGUUCACCCACGACUGCGUGACCAAGCACGACUCCAACACCAUCAUUACGUUUGCUGAUGACACAACAGUGGUAGGCCUGAUCACAGACAAAGAUGAGACAGCCUAUAUGGAGGAGGUCAGAGACCUGGCAGUAUGGUGCCAGGACAACAACCUCUCCCUCAAUGUGAGCAAGACAAAGGAGCUGAUCGUGGACUACAGGAAAGGAGGGCCGAACACGCCCCCAUUCCCAUCGACAGGGCUGUAGUGGAGCGGGUCGAGAGUUUCAAGUUCCUUGGGGUCGACAUCACUAAGAAACUAUCAUGGUCCAAACACACCAAGACAGUCGUGAAGAGGGCACGACAACACCUUUUCCCCCUCAGGAGACUGAAAAGAUUUGGAAUGGGUCCACAAAUCCUCAAAAAGUUCUACAGCUGCACCAUCAAGAGCAUCCUGACCGGUUGCAUCACCGCCUGGUAUGGCAACUGCACUGCUGCUACUCGCUGUUUAUUAUCAAUGCAUAGUCACUUUUCUCCUACCUACAUGUACAAAUUACCUCAACUAACCUGUAGCCCCGCACAUUGACUCAGUACCGGUACCACCUGUAUAUAGCCUCGUUAUUGUUAUUUUAUGGUUUAUAGAGUAAAUAUUUUCUUAACUCUAUUUCUUGAACUGCAUUGUUGGUUAAGGGCUUGUAAGUAAGCAUUUCAUGUGACAAAUAACAUUUGAUUUGGUAUGACCCUCUUAUAAUGUUUUAUUGCCCAUCCAGGGCUCCAGACUAUAAAAUGUUCACCUGGUGGCACUGGUGCCACUAACUUUUUCAGUUGGUUGCACCAGCCCAUGAUUUGGUCCCACCCCCCCAAAAAAAAUGUGUACCCAUAUAAAAAAUAUUGUAUGCAUUUUACAUUUUAGUCAUUUAGCAGACGCUCUUAUCCAGAGCAUCUUAUAAAAUCAUUGUUGUGUAAUUCACAAUGCUUUAUUAAGAAGUGUUAUAGAAUACUGAGAUGGAAUUCAAUAAAUAAGUUGUUCCUUCUAACAUGUCCAAACAGUAAUGCAUGGGGGGAGGGGGAGGGUGUCAGUGACUCACUCAUUACACCAGCCAGCCCCAGGGAAAGGGGCACAGCGGCAGGGCAGACACUUUCAUUACAGGAGUCAUUAGGUUAAUGCACUUCACUGUUUGACCAAAUCACGGUUUUAUCCGCCCAAAACAUAGGAUGUUUUGAUUGAGGUGACAGCCAAGUCAAAUGGUAAAAAAAUGCAACUACAGUAAAUGGUCGAAGUCUGGAGCCCUGCCAUCGCGUAAUGAUCCAGGCAAAACAUCCUUUAAAUUACAUUUACAUUUAAGUCAUUUAGCAGACGUUAUUUUCCAGAGCUUCUUACAGUUUGUGCAUUCAUCUUAAGGUGUGACAACCACAUAUCACAGUCAUAGUAAAUACUUUUUUUCCUCAAUAAAGCAACUAUCAGCAAAGUCAGUGCUAGUAAGAAAAGACAAGUGCGAGUGUUGGUUAUGGUUCUCCGUAAUGGUUGUAAAAUGACCAGCAGAAUGACCAGUGCUAUCUAUGUCUUAUCUUAGACCUUAUGCCUUUAGGGGCCACUUUUAUCUACAAAUCUACCUGUUUAUCUACAAUAUCUAUCCACACAGCAUGGUCCCCAUGGAGAGAGCCUAUAGCAAAACUUCAGACUUAUGACCACAAUGACUGCUGAUUUCCUAAUAUUUUUAGCUCCCCCCCUCCACCCUCUCCCUCCCCCUCUCUGUCUCCCUCGCUCUCUUUCUCUCUCUCUCGCCUCCCUCCACCCUCUCCCUCCCCCAACCUCUCCCCCUCCUCCCUCCCUCCCCCCAGGCGUAUUAACAUUGGUCUGCAGUACCAGGCGGAGGUGCCAGAGCUGCAGCGGGACCGCUCGCUGACCCAGUGGGACCAGCACAAAGCUGACCUGGUCUGGCUCCCCAUGAAGGAAUCCCAGCUACACCACGCAGUGCAGGAGACUGGUAACUAUACUAGGCUAGGGCGGUAUCCAGAUUGUCAUACCCUCUUACCGACCUAGUGCCAUCCUGGGAUAUUUGGUAAUACCGGCACUGAACACAAGGGCGGCUAUUUUCAAACCCCACUGAGCCUCUGUCAUCCGAAGGUUAGCAAUGCUAACAAGCACAUGUAAAAUCCCAUAGUGAAUGAUAGCUAAAUGCUAAUGAGCGCAUUGCAAACAUUUUAUACAGUCUCUGACCUAAACUAUUUGCAGGACAGACAUCCCAGCUCAUGAAGUUAUACAAGUAACUCAAAAAUGCUACUCACAGUUUGCUGCACGCACAAAAUACAUAUUAGACAGAAAGGCUCUUGAUCCAGGAGGGGAUUCUCUGCUGUUAUCAAAAGAAGCUUGAUUUUGCAAGAAGCUAACCAAAUGUACAACUGCAGAGCAUUUAACACAUUUUAGACAGUUAAUUUAAUAGUUCUAAGAUAUCUAGCUGGCAAACAUUUAGUUAUGCAUUCCAUACUGUAACUAGAUCACCUGGCGUGUGCUGCAGAACAGUGAGUGACUUACAAUGCUCCAGUCUCUUGACAUUGUGUGGUUGUAAACAAACACCUCGUGACUGGGGCCUACCGGUAAGCUUCAUAAUGAAAAAUAAUGUGACAGGUGAAAUGAAGAACAUGAUCUGCUUUAUCUCCUAACAUAGUUGACUGCAGCUAUUUACUUAAAAAGUAGCUACAAAUAUACAGAUAUAAAAAAACUUUAAAUAAAUAGUUUCAAUGGUAUUGAAAAACCAUUCCGUUGCUAUUUCCAAAUACUCCGGUAUACAGUAUACUACCCAAGCCUAAACUUUGCUGCCCCUUCCUCAAAGGUUAUAACAAUCUAAAUUCACACUAUAGGGCCAACCCGAACCAUACUGUGCUGGCACUACUGCUAUUUUAUUUCCACAUUUUCAGCAUGGUUCCAGAAACUAUGUUGAAUGCAUAAUCAGGCCAGCUCAGCACAGCUUGGCUCGGCUCAGCUUGGUAUGGUUCUGUAGUGUGAGUGGUAUAGAGCUUACUUUUUGUAUGAAGCUUAAAGUAAACACAUUUGAACAACUUGAGCUGUAAGGUCCUGAGAAAGUGCAAAAUGUUGACCUUUUUGCUUUCUGUCAAUCCUUUUCUCUGUCUACCUUCUCUCCCCCUCUUUCUCUAUCUCUGCACCUCUUCCUCCCUGCCUUCCUCUCUCAAAUCUGCCUCACUCUCCCCCCUAGUGGAUGACCUGAUGAACUUGGCCUGCUCUUGCGCUCUGUACGGCGGAGGCACCAAUCAAGAGUUGGCCCUUCACUGUCUGCAUGAGUGCGGGGGCAAUGUCCUUGUGAGUACAGUGACUCACCCAGUGAUAUAACCGAGUGGUUUACAAUGACGCUGUCUCCCCUACGCUUCCAUAAUAAUCCAUUGUGGCAAGUGAGUGUCCCAAAUGGCACCCUAUUCCCUUAAUAGUCCACUACUAUGGCCCCUGGUCAAACGUAGUGCACUAUAUAGGGAAUAGGGUGCCAUUUGGGGAAACACCCCGGUGAUUAAUUGUGUUGUGCUCCCCAGGAGGCCCUGGCAUUCCUGCUGCUCAAGGAGCCCAUUUUCUCUAAAGGACACCACCUGGCAGACUAUCACUACUCAGGUGGGGACGUAAUUUUGUUUCCUCAAGCGCUUCUUUCUAAAGAGUGUGCUUGUUUAAGCGGAGAUGGGGCAUGGGGGUGAUGGAAAUGAAUUAUCUCACAACCCCCCCCCCACGCACACGCACACACACAUACACACACACUGUGUGACCUCAUUGACAUGGUGAAUAAUUUCCCUCCCAGGAUCAGACAGUUGGACUCCCUCAGAGAAGCGCUACUUCAAUAAAGGCAUCUCUGCCUACAGGAAGGACUUCUUCAUGGUGCAGAAAUUGGUACGCCCAUUUCGAAUCAGGCCAUGUCGGCAAUGACAGUUUCACCACAUGGCAUGGCAUGAAUUAGCAUAUGAUCACCACCUGGGCAAACAGUGGGAGUACCAUUAGAAGUGAAUAACUUUUUAAUAACUGUGUCUGUAUUUCUAUGUGUGGACGGGAGUGAGGGGAGAGGAAGACUAUAAUGAAUACCAUUGUCUGCGUGCGUGUGUCUUUCCGUAUACAGGUUCGGACUAAGACAGUGGCACAGUGUGUGGAGUUCUACUACACUUAUAAGAAACAGGUGAAAAUCGGUCGCAGUGGAACCAUUACCUACGGACCUCCAGAGUCACCAGCGGAGAAACACACAGAGGCAGUAUUGGAUGUCAAAGUAGGGCUUAGUUAAUGAAAACAAAUGUAAUGAAACAAGUAGUUAAUGAUUACUUAAAAACAUUUUUUUACAUUACUUUUAUUAAGAUUAACAUUGUGUUAUAUGCCAACUCAGGAAGAAGAAGACAACAGGAAGUGGGAAGGGUCAUGUGAACGGGGUAAAGAUGGCAGCCAGUUGAGGGUUAACCAGACACUACAGGCUCACGACAAUGUAAGUGCUCAUUUUCACUUGAAAUUACAUUUUUAAAGUGAUUGUUAAACUGUUCAACCACUUUGUAUCAUGUGGUCCUCUGUAGCUCAGCUGGUAGAGCACGGCGCUUGUAAACGCCAAGGUAGUGGGUUCGAUCCCCGGGACCACCCAUACACAAAAAUGUAUGCACGCAUGACUAAGUCGCUUUGGAUAAAAGCGUCUGCUAAAUGGCAUAUUAUUAUAUCCAUCCCAUACCGGUAUAUCCUGUCUAUACUUGCUAUCAUAGGUUAUUUGACCAAUGAUCCACCAACAGUGCAAUACAACACUGGUAUGACAGACUAACACAAUGAAAUGUAAUGUUUGGCCCACCAGGCAGGAGCAGUGCUAGGGCACAAGGACCAGGAUACUGUACACAAGGUGGGGCCUCCCCAUCCAACCCCUCCCUCUGCACUCCGAAAACCUCGUCCCGAGUCUGCAGGGAAGAAGAGCAGAGCGCCCCCAAAGCCCCCGGGCGACCCAGAGGGCGUGUUCCCCUGCAAGAAAUGUAGCAGGUCAGUGUGUUUGUGUGUGUCUGUCUAUGUAAGAGUAUGUUUAUAUGUACUGUAUCUGCAAACAGAUACACACACUCCACCAUGCAUGCCUACCACCAUUAACAGUUUCCCCUACCAGUUUUUAGAGUGAAAGAAAACAGGGUGAAAGAAAGGGAUUGACAAAGAGUAUUAUAAACCAGACAUCUCUCUUAGAGACCAGCGUUCACUGGAAACAUCCCAGACUGGUGGGGCGACAAUGGAGACAAAAGCCAUUGGUGGUAUUUCAGGUUGUCUUAGUUGCAGUCACGCUGCACAGAUAAUCAGAUCUUACAACAUAGGGAUGGUGUCACGGUGUCAGUGUAAUGCGGUAGACGAAGUCAGGCGCAGGACACAGAACUAAAUGAAAACGUAACUUUACUGAACACGUAAAGAAACAAGUAAACCUCCACGCAGGGAGGAACAAACCCGCUCACCAUCGACACAGGAAACAAUAAACAAACACGCACAGAGCACAAUGGGAGCCACAGGGUUAAAUAGGGACGGAGUAAUUACAAGAUGGGAAACAGGUGUGAAACAAUCAGACAACAACAGGUAGAACAUAGAAACAUAGAACAUAGAUCGGCAGCAGCUAGUACUCCCCCCCCCGACACCGGCCUCGGGGACGGCCAGGAGGAAGCGGUGCGGGGCGAGUCGGAUGAUUGCGGUGGAAAUCCCUCAACAUGGAGGGAUCGAGGAUGUCCCUCCUGGGGACCCAGCACCGUUCCUCCGGACCGUACCCCUCCCACUCCACGAGAUACUGCAGGUCCCCCACCCGACGCCUCGAAUCCAAUAUGGAACGAACCGAGUACGCCGGUGCCCCCUCGAUGUCCUGUGGGGGCGGAGGAACCUCCUGUAUCUCAGACUCCUGGAGUGGACCAGCUACCACCGGCCUGAGGAGAGACACAUGGAACGAGGGGUUAAUACAAUAAUUAGGAGGAAGUUGUAACCUAUAACAUACCUCGUUCAAUGGCCCCACAAACCGCCGACCCAGCUUCCGGCAGGGCAGGCGAAGGGGCAGGUUUUGGGUCGAGAGCCAGACACGGUCCUCACUGCAGUGGCGGUUGGCGCUCGCCUUUUGCCGCCUGAUGGCCCGCUGCAGACGUACAUGAGCAGCGUCCAAGUCUCCUGCGAGUGCCGACACCACUCGUCCACCGCAGGUGCCUCGAUCUGGCUCUGAUGCCAAGGUGCCAUGACCGGCUGAUAACCUAAUACACAUUCGAAUGGAGAAAGGUUAGUGGAGGAGUGGCGGAUGGAGUUCUGGGCUAUCUCUGCCCAGGGGAGGAAAACCGACCACUCCCCCCGCUGGUCCUGGCAAUACGACCUCAGAAACCUACCCACCUCCUGGUUGACUCUCUCCACCUGCCCGUUACUCUCGGGGUGAAACCCUGAGGUCUGACAGACCGAGACUCCCAGACGUUCCAUGAACGCCCUCCAAACCCUUGAGGUGAACUGGGAACCCCGAUCAGACACUAUAUCCUCAGGUACCCCGUAGUGCCGGAAGACGUGUGUAAAUAGGGCCUCAGCAGUCUGUAGGGCCGUAGGGAGGCCGGGCAGAGGAAUGAGGCGACAGGACUUAGAAAACCGAUCCACAACGACCAGGAUCGUGGUGUUCCCUUGUGAGGGGGGAAGAUCCGUCACGAAGUCCACCAAUAGGUGGGACCAUGGUCGUUGUGGAACGGGUAGGGGUUGCAAUUUCCCUCUGGGCAGGUGUCUAGGAGCCUUACACUGGGCGCACACCGAGCAGGAGGAAACAUAAACCCUCACGUCCUUAGCUAAGGUGGGCCACCAGUACUUCCCACUAAGACAGUGCACUGUCCGACCUAUGCCAGGAUGACCAGAGGAGGGUGACGUGUGAGCCCAAUAGAUCAAACGAUCGCGGACAUCCAGCGGUACGUACACACGACCCUCUGGACACUGGGGAGGAGUGGGUUCGUUACGCAAUGCUCGCUCGAUCUCCGCAUCAACUUCCCACACCACCGGUGCCACCAGACACGACGCCGGAAGUAUGGGAGUGGGCUCCACGGAACUCUCCUCCGUGUCAUACAGUCGGGACAGAGCAUCUGCCUUAGCGUUCUGAGAACCUGGCCUGUAAGAAAGGGAGAAAAGAAAACGGGUGAGAAACAUGGACCACCUUGCCUGGUGAUGGUUUAAUCUCCUCGCUGCCCGGAUGUACUCCAGAUUGCGGUGGUCAGUCAAAAUGAGAAAAGGGUGUUUAGCCCCCUCAAGCCAAUGUCUCCACGCUUUCAGAGUUUCGACCACAGCCAACAGCUCCCGGUCUCCCAGAUCAUAGUUGCGCUCCGCCGGGCUGAGCUUCUUCGAAAAGAAGGCACAGGGGCGGAGUUUAGGUGGCGUACCAGAGCGCUGAGACAGUACAGUGCCUAUUCCAGCCUCGGACGCGUCCACCUCAACCAUGAAGGCUAAGGAGGGGUCCGGAUGAGCCAGCACUGGAACCGAGGUAAACAGGUUCUUCAGACGACUAAAAGCCCUGUCCACCUCAGCUGACCACCGCAGACGCACCGGCCCCCCCUUCAGCAACGAGGUAAUGGGAGCUGCUACCUGACCAAAGCCCCGGAUAAAUCUCCGGUAGUAAUUGGCAAAACCCAAAAAUCGCUGCACCUCCUUUACCGUGGUUGGAGUCGCCCAAUUACGCACGGCCGAAAUGUGGUCACUCUCCAUCCAACACCCCUGACGCGGACAUGUGGUACCCCAAGAAAGAGAUGGACUCCUGGAAGAACAGGCAUUUCUCUGCCUUAGCAUACAGGUCAUGCUCCAACAGUCGUCCAAGCACUUUACGCACCAGGAACACAUGCUUGGCCCAUGUAGCGGAGUAUAUAAGGAUGUCAUCAAUACACCACUACCCCUUGUCCAUGCAGGUCCCUGAAAAUCUCAUCCACAAAUGAUUGGAAAACUGAUGGAGCAUUCAUUAACCCGUAUGGCAUGACCAGAGACUCAUAAUGUCCAGAGUACUAAAUGCCGUCCUCCACUCAUCUCCCUCCCGAAUACGCACUAGGUUGUACACGCUCCUGAGAUCCAAUUUUGUGAAGAAGCGUGCCCCGUGCAAUGAUUCCGUCAUACUAGCUAUCAGGGGUAAUGGAUAGCUGUACUUGAUGGUAUCUCCAGAGUGGCGCAGUGGUCUAAGGCACUGCAUCGCAGUGCUAGCUGUGCCACUAGAGAUCCUGGUUCGAAUCCAGGCUCUGUCGUAGCCGGCCGCAACCGGGAGACCCAUGGGGCGGCGCACAAUUGGCCCAGCGUCGUCCAGGGUAGGGGAGGGAAUGGCCUGCAGGGAUGUAGCUCAGUUGAUAUAGCAUGGUGUCUGCAACGCCAGGGUUGUGGGUUCGAUUCCCACGGGGGGCCAGUAUGAAAAAUAAAAAAAUUAUGUAUGCACUCACUAACUGUAAGUCGCUCUGAAUAAGAGCGUCUGCUAAAAAUGACUAAAAUGACUUUAAAAAAUGGUAAUCUGAUUUAGGCCACGGUAAUCAAUGCACGGGCAUAACCCACCAUCUUUCUUCUUCACAAAAAAGAAACUCGAGGAGACAGGUGAAGUGGAUGGCCGAAUGUAUCCCUGCCUCAGAGAUUCGGUGACAUGUGUCUCCAUAGCCGCCUUCCCCUCCUGAGACAAAGGAUACGCGUGACUCUGGGGAAGUGCAGCUCCUACCUGGAGAUUUAUCGCAGAAUCCCCCGGACGAUGGGGUGGUAAUUUAGUCGCCCUCUUUUACUGAAGGCGAUAGCCAAAUCGGCAUACUCGGAAGGAAUGUGCAUAGUGGAAACCUGGUUUGGACUUUCCACCGUAGUUGCCCCCAAGGAAACUCCUAAACACCUCCUUGAACACUGACCGGACCAUCCCUUGAGAGCCCUCUGUUGCCAUGAAAUCGUGGGGUCAUGAAUGGUUAACCAGGGAAGUCCCAACACCACAGGAUACGCAGGAGAAUCAAUCAGAUAGAGGCUAAUCCUCUCCUCAUGACCCCCCUGCGUCAUCAUCAGCAGUGGAGCGGUGACCUCCCUGAUUAUGCCUGACCCUAACGGGCGACUAUCUAAUGCAUGCACAGGGAAAGGUUUAUCAACAGACACAGUAGGAAUCCCUAAACUAUGGGCAUACUGGCGAUCAAUAAAAUUCCCAGCCGCGCCUGAAUCUACUAGCGCCUUAUGCUGGGAAUGGGGAGAAAACUCUGAAAACAUAAUAUCAAUACACAUAUUAGCAACAGGGAGCUCUGGGUUAGUCGGCUGCCUACUCACCUGAGACGGUCGACCAGUGCUUUGCCUGCUGCCUCGACCUCCUGAGAACCCUCCCAAGCACCGACCAGCAGUGUGUCCUCUGCGGCCACAGUUGGUGCAGGAGACGGUCCCUCUCCCAGUCUCCCUAACCGCAGCACCUCCGAGCUCCAUGGGGGUAGGCUCGGAGGUGCUGGGGGAUGGAAUGGACGGCCCCCCAUCAGAACGUCCGUGGGCUGCCAACAGGUUAUCCAACCUGAUGGACAUGUCCACCAGUUGGUCCAGGUUGAGAUUGGUGUCCCUGCAGGCCAGUUCCCCGACGGACGUCCUCCCUUAAGCUGCAACGAUAGUGGUCGAUCAGGGCCCUCUCAUUCCAUCCCGCGCUGGCUGCUAAAGUUCUAAACUCCAGCGCAAACUCCUGCGCGCUCCUCAUCUCCUGUCGUAGGUGGAAGAGACGUUCUCCCGCCGCUCUCCCUUCAGGUGGAUGAUCGAAUACCGCCCGGAAGCGGCGGGUGAAAUCCUCGUAGCGGACUGUUCUCGAGUCUAUUCCUCCCCACUCGGCGUUGGCCCACUCAAGCGCCUUCCCGAUAGACAGGAGAUGAGGGCGGACACGCUCUCGUAUCUCGAGGGCGCCGGGUGAAUAGUGGCCAGGUAGAGCUCUACCUGGAGGAGAAAUCCCUGGCACCCGGCAGGUGUACCGUCAUAUGCCCUCGGGAGCGAGAGCCGAAUUCCACUGGACCCAGGUGGUGAUGUGGUAGCCAGUGUUGUAGGUGGUUGAGUGGUUGGAAAUGGUGAAGGGAUACCACCUCUCUCCAAUCGUUCUAUCAUCUGGAACACUUGUUCCAUUGUGGCACCGAGAGUCUGAAUCAUCGUCUCUUGACGUUGGACUCAUUCCUCCAUCGUCUCGGUAAAUCCGGCUGUUCCUGCUGACUCCAUAUUGGUGCGUGUUUCUGUCACGGUGUCAGUGUAAUGCGGUAGACGAAGUCAGGCGCAGGACACAGAACUAAAUGAAAACGUAACUUUACUGAACACGUUAAGAAACAAGUAAACCUCCACACAGGGAGGAACAAACCCGCUCACCAUCGACACACGAAACAAUAAACAAACACGCACAGAGCACAAUGGGAGCCACAGGGUUAAAUAGUGACGGAGUAAUUACAAGAUGGGAAACAGGUGUGAAACAAUCAGACAACAACAGGUAGAACAUAGAAACAUAGAACAUAGAUCGGCAGCAGCUAGUACUCCGGUGACGACGAACGCCGAAGCCUGCCCGAGCAAGGAGGAAGGGCAGCCUCGGCAGAGUCCGUGACAGAUGUGCACGGUUAUUGGAAUAUUUGAAUAUCCAAAGGGACGUUAGUAUUUUGAUUACUUUGGAGAGUAUACAUUUUUGAGACUAGAAAAUAUAGGCAUAUUUUAACUGAAAAGGCUUUCUCAAACAUGUAAAUACAAUUAUCUAUGUGACAUUGCUACAUAGCCUACAAAUCGAAAUUGUAAUAAAACAAUAGUUUUAUGACAGUUUUUAUGAGUGCACCCCAUAGAAAAGACACACUGGUAGCCUGCAUACGUUUCACAUGGGUAGCUUGUUGUUGUCCUACGGGAGUGGCAGAUUUAUAUAUCGGUCCGCAGCUAAUACAGGACUAGUAAAGGCCCAGUGCACUACUUUUGUACAUUUUUAUAAAUUAUUUAUUUAUAUUUGUUUUAUAUUAAGAUUUUUUAGGGGGGUGCUGCAGCACCCUUGGCACACCUACUUCCCGCGGCUAUGAGCGCAGGUCACCAUCUCUCUCGAGUCGUGUGAGCAAGUCUCCAUUGAAGGAAUACAAAAUAAAAACAUAUGGAUAUCCAAAAUAAUUUCAUGAUAUUAUUUUUCAAACAUUGAAAUUCACAUUUUACAUUUUAGUCAUUUAGCAGACGCUCUUAUCCAGAGCGACUUACAGUUAGUGAGUGCAUACAUUUUCAUACUGGCCCCCUGUGGGAAACGAACCCACAACCCUGGCGUUGCAAGCGCCAUGAUCUACCAACUGAGCUACAGGGGACUGAAAUCAUUUCAAAUGCCCAUCCCUAUUACAACACCUGGAGAAUAAUUUACGUCUCAGUAACCAUAUUGAUAUGCUAUAGCAAUCUUCUGAGAUGCAGAGCACGAUGGCCUGGUACCCCACCUGUAUUUUAUCCGAGCGAUAUAUAUCUCUCUCUCUAUAUAAAACUAUAGUGCCAAAAGUAUGUGGACACCUGCUCGUCGAACAUCUCAUUCCAAAAUCAUGGGCGUUAAUAUGGAGUUGGUCCCCCCUUUGCUGCUAAAACAGCCUCCACUCUUCUGGGAAGGCUUUCCACUAGAUGUUGGAACAUUGCUGCGGGGGCUUGAUUCCAUUCAGCCACAAGCAUUAGUGAGGUCGGGCACUGAUGUUGGGCGAUUAGGCCUGGCUCGCAGUCGGAGUUCCAAUUCAUCCCAAAGGUGUUUGAUGGGGUUGAGGUCAGGGCUCUGUGCAGGCCAGUCAAGUUCUUCCACACCGAUCUCAGCAAACCAUUUCUGUAUGGACCUCGCUCUGUGCACAGGGGCAUUAUCAUGCUGAAACAGGAAAGGGCCUUCCCAAACUCUUGCCACAAAGUUGGACGCACAGAAUCGUCAAGAAUAUCAUUGUAUGCUGUAGUGUUAAGAUUUCCCUUCACUGGAUCUAAGGGGCCUAGCCUGAACCAUGAAAAACAGCCCCAGACCAUUAUUCCUCCUCCACCAAACUUUACUGUUGGCACUAUGCAUUGGGGCAGGUAGCGUUCUCCUGGCAUCCGCCAAACCCAGAUUUGUCCAUUGGACAGCCAGAUGGUGAAGCGUGAUUCAUCGGUCCAGAAAAAACAUUUCCACUGCUCCAGAGUCCAAUGGUGGCGAGCUUUACACCACUCCAGCUGACGCUUGGCAUUGCGCAUGGUGAUCUUAGGCUUGUGUGUGGCUGCUCGGCCAUGGAAACCCAUUUCAUGAAGCUCCCGACGAACAGUUAUUGUGCUGACGUUGCUUCCGGGGGCAGUUUGGAACUGGAUAGUGAGUGUUACAACCGAGGACAGACUAUUUUUACGCGCUACACGCUUAAGCACUCGGCGGUCCCAUUCUGUGAGCUUGUGUAGCCUACCACUUCGCGGCUGAGCCGUUGUUGCUCCGAGACAUUUCCACUUCACAAUAACAGCACUUACAGUUGACCGGGGUAGCUCUAGCAGGGAAGAAAUUUGACAGCCUGACUUGUUGGAAAGGUGGCAUCCUAUGACAGUGCCACGUUGAAAGUCACUGAGCUCUUCAGUAAGGCCAUUCUACUGAUAAUGUUUAUCUAUGGAGAUUCCAUGGCUGUGUGCUUGAUUUUAUACACCUGUCAGCAACGGGUGUGGCUGAAAUAGCCGAAUCACUAAUUUGAAGGGGUGUCCACAUACUUUUGUAUAUGUAGUGUAUAUAGCUCUCUGGGUUCUAUUGUUCAUGUAUCUGACCUUUGACCUCCAGGGUGUUCUACAAGGUUAAGAGCCGCAGCGCCCACAUGAAGAGCCAUGCUGAGCGGGAGAAGAAGGACGCCGCGCUCAAACUCAAAGAGGAGGAGGAGGAGCGGGCGACCCUGGCGGCGGCGGCAGCCGAGGCACGGGCCAAGGAGGCAGCAGAGGUUAUGCAGAAUGGGAACGGGUGUGGGAAUGGAGCGGGAGAACAGGAUGAGGUCAGUGAUGAGGGUGUGUCUUCAGAGGCAGAAGAUGAACAAGACGAGGACUGGCACUGA